UCCACCCAUCAGCACUUUCUUAUUACACAUCAAUCAUUACAAAAAUAGCCACAAUGGCCAAUUUAGCCUUUCUUUCACUAAUUUUCACCCUUUUCAUCUCUAAUUCGAACGCCAUUUCCCAAUGUAACGGCCCUUGUAACACCUUGAACGAUUGUGAUGGUCAAUUAAUUUGCAUAAACGGAAAAUGUAACGAUGACCCUAACGUCGGAACCAACAUUUGCAAAAAUAGCCGUCCUUCCGUCCCAUCUCCUACUCCAACCAAUACAUGUGGUCCGUCUGGCACAGUCAAUUGCAACGGUAUACACCCGAUAUACCGUUGCUCGCCACCUGUCACCGACUCAACGCCCGCUCAACUUACCCUCAACGACUUCAGUAGAGGCGGAGACGGGGGUGGUCCAUCAUCAUGUGAUGGGCAAUAUCAUGACAACAACGAAAAAAUAGUGGCAUUGUCCACCGGAUGGUUCGCGGGACGUUCAAGGUGUGGUAAAAUGAUACUUAUUCGCGCUAAUAGUAACGGGAGGACCGUAACGGCUAAAGUGGUUGAUGAAUGUGAUUCUACUAUGGGUUGUGAUGAGGAACAUGCUUUUCAAAGUCCAUGUAAAAAUAACAUAGUGGAUGGUUCCAUUGCUGUGUGGAGUGCUUUAGGGUUGGAUACAAAUUUGGGUAUAGUUCCUGUCACUUGGUCCAUGGUCUAGGUCACGGCCGAGCGAUCGUUACGAAUUCGAUAGAAUUCAAUAACUUUAUUGCUCAAAUUAUAUACCUAUUGAAUAAGAUGUACAUUCAAGUUCCUUAAAAAUAAUAAACUAUGAUAUAAUUCCUAAUUA